UGAUUUAGUCAGUAGCUGCCAGUUGUUCUUCGUCAAUUUUACUUCUUUGUUUUGUGUUUGGUUUUUGAGCUUUGCACUCAUUAACACGGGUAGUCGUUUACGUUUUUUGUUUGUUGGGCGAUAAACUGAACUUAAGUGUUGUUGUUGUGGAUCGCUCAUUUUUUAUUGUUUAAUUUUUUGGCAAACAUUUUCGAAAAAGGCACUCGCGUUGCAUUUACUUGCGUGUGCCAUAGCUAAAUAUUAUUAUCCAAGAACGAAGCGUGAUUUUCAUCUUUGUAGCUGUUUACUUUUCCAAUCAGCUGCGGAUUGUUAAGUAAUCGCAAAAGAAAAUACAAAAUGGUAUUGCUGGGGAAAUUGGCCAUUGUCACAGGCGCCGGCUCUGGCAUUGGGCGCGCCACCUGCCGGAUACUCGCACGCGACGGUGCUAAAGUGAUCGCAGCUGAUCGCAACUUGCGGGCAGCUGAACAAACAGUAAAAGACAUCGGAAAUGAUCGUGCUUUUGCAUUGGAAUUGGAUGUGUCUUCGCUGGAGAGCGUCAGCAAAGGUGUCACUUCAUCCAUUGAGCAUUUCAAGCAACCACCUUCAAUUGUCGUCAAUGCGGCGGGCAUUACACGCGACGGUUACUUACUCAAAUUGACAGAAAAAGACUACGAUGAUGUGUACAAGGUGAAUUUAAAGGGCACCUUCUUGAUGACACAGCAAUUUGCGCGUGCCAUGAUCGAGCACCAUGUGCGCAAUGGCAGCAUUAUAAACAUAUCCAGCAUUGUGGCACGCAUUAGUAAUCCGGGACAGGCUAAUUAUGCUGCUACCAAAGCGGGUGUGAUCUCAUUGACUGAAAUUGCGGCGAAGGAAUUCGGCAAGUUUGGCAUACGUGUAAAUUCGAUAUUGCCGGGUUUCAUCGACACGCCGAUGGUGGAUGUAAUACCGGAGCAGAUUAAGGAAGAAAUUUUUCGAAGAUGUCCCAUGGGCCGUUUAGGGCGUCCAGAGGAAGUUGCUGAUGUGAUUGCAUUUCUUGCUUGCGAAAAGUCCUCUUAUGUAAACGGUGCAGCGAUUGAAGUGACUGGUGGAUUGAAAUAGAUAGAAUACUCGUGAAAGGCCGAGGUGAUGUACAGAUCUGUGGGAAUUAUCAAUCCUUAUGCUUUUACUACUCAGUACAUGUUUUAUAAUAAACCAAACAUAAUUUGCAUUUAAUACUUGUAGACUAGAAUACUUGGACUAGCAUUGGCUGUGUCGUUAAUCAACUGUUAUAUAAAAACUACAAAAAUUUAUACUUGUGUGAAAUAUUACUUAAGUAACAAAUUUAGUGAAAUUAUUUUAA